AUGGUGUUCUCCUUGGUCCUCUUAGUUCUGUUAUUUAGUUUCAGCGACGCUUCUUCUUCCUUGAAGAGCACUUACAUAGUGCACAUGGCGAAAUCUGAAAUGCCAGAGAGUUACGAGCAUCAUACUGUAUGGUAUGAAUCGUCUUUACAAUCUGUUUCCGAGUCAGCUGAAAUGAUGUAUACAUAUGAAAACGCGGUUCAUGGAUUCUCAACCAGAUUAACUUCCGAAGAAGCUCGUUUGCUUGAGAGGCAAACGGGGAUUCUCGCGGUGUUGCCGGAAGUGAAAUACGAGCUUCACACGACAAGGACUCCUCAGUUUCUUGGUCUUGAUAAAAGCGCAGAGAUGUUUCCGGAAUCAAGCUUAGCAAGCGAGGUUGUUGUCGGGGUUUUAGAUACCGGUAUUUGGCCCGAAAGCAAAAGCUUCGACGAUACUGGAUUUGGACCUAUACCCACAACAUGGAAAGGCGCGUGUGAAACAGGUCCUAUUGAUGAAACCACAGAGUCCAAAUCUCCGAGAGACGACGACGGGCAUGGUACUCAUACUUCAACUACUGCAGCAGGUUCGGUUGUCACCGGUGCUAGCCUCUUCGGUUACGCUGCAGGGACGGCGCGUGGGAUGGCCACACGCGCUAGAGUUGCUGCAUACAAGGUUUGUUGGAAAGGUGGUUGUUUUAGCUCCGACAUAUUAGCUGCUAUUGAUAAAGCUAUUUCCGACGGUGUUAAUGUUCUGUCUCUUUCUCUCGGUGGUGGAAUGUCGGAUUAUUUUAGAGACAGUGUCGCUAUAGGUUCUUUUGCGGCGAUGGAGAAAGGGAUUUUAAUCUCUUGCUCCGCUGGAAAUGCUGGUCCAAGUGCUUAUUCUCUGUCUAAUGUAGCUCCAUGGAUUACUACCGUGGGUGCUGGUACACUGGAUCGUGACUUCCCUGCGUUAGUUAGUCUCGGUAACGGACUUAACUACUCCGGUGUUUCUCUUUAUCGAGGAAACGCUUUACCGGAUUCUCCAUUACCGUUGAUUUACGCAGGGAAUGCUACUAAUGCUACCAACGGGAAUUUGUGUAUGACCGGAACUUUAUCACCGGAGUUAGUUGCUGGGAAGAUUGUUUUUUGUGACCGUGGGAUGAAUGCCAGGGUUCAGAAAGGAGCUGUGGUGAAAGCCGCUGGAGGUUUAGGUAUGGUUCUGGCCAACACCGCCGCAAACGGGGAGGAGCUUGUGGCUGACACACAUCUAUUACCAGCCACGGCGGUUGGUGAAAAAGCCGGCAAUGCAAUCAAGAAAUACUUAUUCUCCGACGCAAAACCAACGGUGAAGAUCGUUUUCGAAGGAACAAAAGUGAAUGUUCAGCCAUCUCCGGUGGUGGCAGCUUUCAGUUCACGAGGUCCCAACUCAAUCACACCGCAGAUCUUGAAACCCGAUCUUAUUGCGCCAGGUGUCAACAUCUUAGCGGGGUGGUCAAAGGCAGUGGGUCCCACCGGGUUACCAGUAGACGAGAGACGCGUUGAUUUCAACAUUAUCUCUGGUACCUCCAUGUCCUGUCCCCACGUGAGUGGUUUAGCUGCUUUGAUUAAGUCGGCUCAUCCUGAAUGGAGCCCAGCCGCUGUUAGAUCGGCUCUCAUGACAACGGCUUACACGGCUUACAAGGACGGUAAAAACAUACAAGACAGUGCUACUGGAAAACCUUCAACACCGUUUGAUCAUGGAUCUGGACACGUGGACCCUAUCGCUGCACUUGAUCCUGGACUUGUUUAUGAUUUAACGGUGGAAGAUUAUUUAGGUUUUCUCUGUGCGUUAAACUAUACAUCCACUCAAAUCACUGCUUUAGCGAAGAGAAAAUUCGAGUGUGACGCGGGCAAAAAAUACAGUGUGAAUGAUCUUAAUUACCCAUCAUUUGCGGUUGUUUUUGACACCAUGGGUGGGGCCAACGUUGUAAAGCACACGAGAAUCCUUACCAACGUAGGACCCGCAGGAACAUACAAGGCUUCAGUGAUAUCAGAUUCAAAAACCGUGAAAAUAACGGUUGAACCGGAGGAGUUAAUUUUCAAGGAAAAUGAUAAGAAACCUUAUACGGUGACGUUUGCGUCAUUGGGUUCUACACCGCAGAAGUUGAAUGGUUUUGGACGGUUGGAAUGGAGGAAUGAGAAGAACGUAGUUGGAAGCCCAAUUUCGAUUAGUUGGGGUUGA